GUUACAUUAUUUUUAGUGUAAAUGAUGGAUCUCGUGUUCGGCCGGAGGGAAAUGAGGUGCGCUCCUUCUGUUUCCGCUCAAGAGAGUUAGUGGAGGUGUGAUUUAUACAGCAGGACAAACAACAGCCUAAAGAUGCAGGACCCAAACGCAGAUACAGAGUGGAAUGACAUCUUGCGGAAGAAAGGCAUUCUGCCCCCUAAAGAAACCCCUAAAGAUGAGGACAUUGAAGAGGAGGAACAGCUUCGUCAACAACAGUCUGUUGUGAAGACCUAUGAUCAGAUGACACUAGACGAACUCGAUGAGAAUGAAGAUGAGUUUAAUGAAGAGGACGAGAUGGCCAUAGAGAUGUACAGACAGAAGAGACUUGCGGAGUGGAAAGCUAACCAGAUAAAGAAUGUAUUUGGAGAAGUAAACGAGAUCUCGGGAAUGGAUUAUGUACAGGAGGUGAAUAAAGCCGGAGACGGCAUCUGGGUGAUUCUACAUCUCUACAAACAGGGAAUUCCUCUGUGUACACUGAUAAACCAGCAUCUGUCAUUACUGGCCCGCAAGUUUCCUCAAACAAAGUUUCUGAAAUCUAUUUCCACAACCUGCAUUCCCAACUACCCUGAUCGUAAUCUGCCCACACUAUUUGUGUAUUAUGAGGGAGAAAUGAAGGGCCAGUUCAUCGGACCGCUAGUGUUUGGAGGAAUGAACCUGAAGUGUGACGAGUUGGAGUGGCGUUUAUCAGAGACGGGUGCUAUCAAGACUGACCUGGAGGAAAACCCUAGGAAACAGAUCCAGGAUCAGCUGAUGACAUCCAUUCGCUGCACGGGACCCAAUCGCAGAGAUGGUGAGGAAGACUCUGAUGAGGACUGAAGUCAUUAACUUGACUGCUGGCUCAAGUCUGUCAAACCAUAGCUGAGAUGCUGAAGAGAUGUGGACGGACAGACAGACGGCGUUCGUCAUGCAGAUGUUUUAAACUGCUGCCGAAUGCAAAGUUGUUUUAAAUUGUGCCAUAUUAAAGCGACGGCCGCUCUGUAGCGCUCACUGUUUCUCUUGUUAACUGUGGAUGUGUGGCCAUCACCUCUAAAGAUUUUCAACAAACUGUCCUUACAUUCAUUAUUUAUCAGAAAUGUUUUAUAUGUGAUUUAUAAUAAUAAUGCGACUCUUAAUGCUUUUCACCAGUUAUUAUAUAAAGCAUAUGAAAAUAAACAUGAUUAUAAAGGA